AUGAAAGAAGGCCAGAAAUUUGGACUCGGCGUCAACUUCCACGCCGAUGAAUUAACCGCGAUUCAGGGCGCCGAAAUGGGCGCCAAGCUCGGCGCGCUCGGCAUGAGUCAUCUGGAGAAGAUCAGUCCCGCGGGGAUCCAGCUUAUGGCGGAACACAAAUCGGUGGCGGUUUUGCUGCCCACGACGGCGUGGAUCAUGCAUCUGGAGCCGCCUCCAGCGCGGGAGAUGAUAACCGCGGGAGUGCCUGUGGCGGUGGCGUCGGAUUUCAACCCGAACGCGUACUGCAUGUCGAUGCCGUUCGUGAUGAAUCUUGGAUGCAUUCUGCUGGGGCUGAGCAUGAACGAGGCGCUGGUCGCGGGAACGAUUAACGCAGCGGCGUCCAUCGGGAAGAGCGAAUUGUACGGAUCGCUGGAGGUGGGCAAGAUGGGAGAUCUGCUGGUGCUGGAUGCGCCGCAGUGGGAGCAUUUGUUCUAUCGCAUUGCGGACGAACCGAUCAAGCAUGUGAUCAAGCGCGGAGAAGUGAUCGAGUUUUGGAGUGUUUGUUGGAGAUAUGUGAUGGUGGUGGUGGUGGAGGAGGAGGAGGAGAGGUGGUGUAUAGCAUAG